AUGGCUUCGAAAGAUAAUGAUACGAGUACUAUGGUGAAAUGUCCAGUGUGUAACCAAACUGUUGACAUAUCGGAAGUUAAUGAACAUAUAGACAGUGGUUGUAAACUACCUGCGAAUCCUGGAGCUGAAAGUACUAAACCUUCAACGAAGAAAACUCCUACCAAAAAGCUAACUUUAAUGGCAAAGAAUGAUUUCUUUGCCCCUAAAUCGGUAAAACGUAGGAGUAUAGAUGAUAUCGAACAAGCAUCAUCAAGCAGUACUUCACAAAAUGCUCAAUCUCCUUUGCCCAUUAAUCAAGAAAAAAAUAAUGUCGCACAGUCAGCUUCUUUGUCAACUAGUAGUCGCCCUAGCAAACAAAUCAAGACUAUCAAUACAAAAGUUGAUGUGGUACCACUGGCGGCAAGAGUUCGACCGAAAACUUUGGAAGAGUUUAUAGGACAAAAUGAAUUAAUUGGCAAACAUGGGUUUUUGAAAAGUUUGAUCUUGAAUGACAAAAUACCGUUAGUAUUAUUAUUUCAAUUUUUAUCAUCUCGGGGAUAUCUUAUUAAAACUAAAUUUUCUUGUUUAAGUUCGAUGAUAAUGUGGGGACCAAGCGGUGUGGGAAAGACAACUCUUGCAAAGAUAAUAGCAAAGUUAACACAAUCUACCUGUAAAGAAUUUUCCGGAAUUACACACGCUACUGCUGAUAUCAGGAAAGCAUUUGACGAAGCGAAAAAUGAGCAAAAAUUGUCAGGCCGGCGCACAAUAAUUUUUUUGGAUGAAAUACAUCGAUUUAAUAAAGCACAACAAGAUUUAUUUCUUCCAUACGUCGAAUCUGGAGGUGUCACACUUAUAGGUGCCACAACAGAAAAUCCUUCUUUUAAAAUUAAUUCAGCACUUCUCAGUCGAUGUAAGGUUGUCGUUUUGAGCAAACUAACGACAGACGAAGUGUUAGCCAUCUUAAAAAGGACAUUGAACGAAAUUCGAAAACAAAAACAUCAGAGCAUUCAAACUGAAGCAUCAAGUGCAACUUUGUCGACUGAAAAUGAUGAUAAUCAAGUGUUUGAAGAAGCGUUAAGAUAUUUGGCGGUGAUGAGUGAUGGUGAUGCACGGGUUGCACUUAAUUCAUUAGAAAUUGCCAUUAAUAUGAAACCGGAGAUACUGGAGGAAAAUAUUACCAAAGACGAUAUAAAAUGUGUAUUCCAAAAAACUCAUCUAAACUACGAUAGAGAUGGUGAAGAGCACUAUAACAUAAUUAGCGCAUUACAUAAAAGUAUGCGUGGAAGUGAUGCAAACGCAAGUUUGUAUUGGCUUGGACGAAUGCUAAUUGGAGGAGAAGAUCCUUUAUUUAUAGCUAGAAGGCUGGUAGUAUUUGCAUCAGAGGACGUUGGACUCGCUGAUAAUAGUGCAUUACCCUUAGCAAUGGCAACGUAUCAAGCGUGUCAAUUUAUUGGCAUGCCAGAAUGCGAAAUUAAUCUAGCGCAUUGCGUAACAUAUUUAGCAGAGGCAAAAAAGAGUGUACGAUCAUACAAAGCAUAUGGUUUGGUUAAGAAAACCAUUCAAGAGGAAUAUAAUUUUCCUGUACCACAUCACUUAAGGAACGCACCAAGUGGAUUAAUGAAAGAACUUGGAUAUAAUUAUGGAUAUAAAUAUAAUCCAGAAUAUGAGGGAACUGUUCACCAAGAAUAUUUACCUAAAGAACUUAAAAACAAAGUAUUUUUGGAUAUAUAUAAGGCAACAAAGGUAGAUGAUAGUAGAAUUGAAUUAAAAGAACAAGUGAAGCGUAACGAAAAGGUGGAAUUUGGCGGAGAGAAUAUUGAUUUUGAUUUUCAUUAUCUAUUUAAUGAAUCUAAUGGAAGGCAUAAAUUUGAAAUUACCGAUAAUCAGUAG